AGGAGACAGACUCAGUCAAUUCCACUUUGUCUGUCUCUUUAAUGUAUAACGCAGCUUGCUACAGGGUUCAGUUAGUGUACAACAAACUGCAGCCUUUAACCCCUUCACCCCUUGUCCUCAACUCAUUUCCCGACAGAUAGAGGAAAAAAGAGGUUUAACGGGGUUUUCCGGUUGUCAGAGGUUCCGGAUAGUGUGGUACCUUGAACUAUGGCCAUCCCAGAGGAAAUCAAGAGACUUUUGGAAGACUGUGAGUACUUUUUGGGUGACGUUCUACAGGGUGAAAAGCUUAGCAAAAGGGCAAAAGAUAUAAGAGAAGUUCUACUGGACGGCUUCCAUCUGAUCAGAUCCAAAUAUCACCAAGAAUUUCAGUUGAAAGGAGAAUCUGGUGACUCCUAUCCAGGAUCAAAACAUGAGGACAGUUCUGACGAUAACCAGAGUUUGGGCCAUGUUCCAUCAGGGCACUCAGACAGUGUUUCCGUGGCCUCUGAUAACCAGGAUGAUGUAGUGCAAUGUGGAGAUAUCGCAACAGUUGCAGCCCAGGACCUGCCAAGUAUUAUGAAGCAGGGUUAUUUGGAGAAAAAACGAAGAGAUCACAGUUUCUUUGGAUCCGAGUGGCAGAGGCGUUUCUGUGUGUUGAACACAAAUCUAUUCUAUUACUAUGGCAGCGAGAAAGAUAAACAACAGCGAGGUGCCUUUUAUCUCUAUGACGCUUAUCUCGUUCCCAAUCUUCGGAAAGAUUCCAAGAAGAAUGCCUGCUUUGAGAUUGUUAGUUCAGACAGGAAGGUUUAUCAGUUUGCUGCAUCGAGCCAUCGUGAAGCCAGGGAGUGGGUGGAUCACAUCUCCUUUAUACUGAAAGACAUGAAUUCUAACUCUAUACCAGUGGAGGAAGAGGAAGACGAGGAUGAAGAAGAGAUGAACAAAGGGCGAGUGGUGCAGGAGGAGACAUAUGAUGAUGUGGACUCGGGAAUGGUCACUCUAGUUGGGUCUCGAGGACAACCAUCCAUCAACAUUGGCCAAGAUCCGGCUGAUGAGAUUUACGAAGAGCUCCCAGAGGAUGACUUCCCUCCACCCAUACCCCCAGAGGAAGAGGAUGAUGGUAUGCAAGACCCAGGGAAUGUCAGCAUCGAUUAUACAAGCUACUACCUGGGACUCUGGGAUUGUAUGAGUGAAGAACCUGACGAAUUGUCAUUUAAACGAGGAGAUCUGAUUCAUGUCCUGAGCAAAGACUACAGUCCCUACGGAUGGUGGGUUGGUGAGAUGGAUGGUGUAGUCGGCAUAGUGCCCAAGGAUUACCUGAUGGAAGCCUAUGAAAUCUGAAGGGCAGUGCUGUGCCCUCUGACAUCACCCAGAGCCCAUGAUGCAACAUUGACGGUUAAUGGCAGCAAAGAAGUUCCGACUUUUCUCUGCUGGACGCCUGGGCAUCACAGAUUCGUGGUAAACAUCCAGAAUUCUCUCCAGAAGGAAGAGGAGCGACUUUAAACAGUGUCAGCCGUCAUUCAUCCUCUGUUGCACGUUAAUUAAAUAAAGGUCAUGAUUCAGCCAUUUUAAACCAA